GUGGUCUUCCUAGACUUUGAGAAGGCAUUUGACACUGUUCACCAUGACCUUCUCCUACAUAAAAUAAGCCAGGCAGGCAUAGGUGAGCCACUUCUGUCAUGGUUGAAGGACUACCUAGCCGACAGGCAAUUUUGCACUAAGGUUAACCGAGUCCGAUCAUCUUGGCACAGAUCGUCAUCAGGAGUGUCGCAGGGUUCUAUCCUAGGACCACUGAUGUUUUUGAUUUUCAUCAAUGAUCUACCACGCCGUCUGAGCUGCCCGACUCUCCUGUACGCUGACGACGUAAAAAUAUGGAGGGCGAUAAAGUGUCCGGAGGACUCAGAUAGGCUACAGGAAGACCUAAACCUUCUGGAAGACUGGGCGGUGGCCAGUGGCAUGACUUUCAACUUGAAAAAGUGCAAAGUAGUGAAGUUGCGCACCUGUAGACUGCAGAAUGCAAGUUACACCCUGUGCAAUGAAAGCUUGUCCUGCACAACGUCGGAACGCGACUUAGGUCUAGUUCUAACGGAAAAAAUGGACACAAGCGUAAAUUACACAGGGGAUGUAGCGAGGGCAUAUGCGGUCAUACACUUUACGCAUAGACAGUUAGGUGCACUCACUCCUGAGCUCUUUCUAAUGUUGUACAAAACAUACGUCAGGCCACACCUUGAGGUGCAUAAUAUUAUUGCACCCCCAAUGCUGAGAAGAGAUGCCAACCUCUUGGAAAGAGUCCAACGACGGGCAACAAAAGGAGUGGUUGGUCUCCGAAACAAACCAUAUGAUGAAAGGCUGAAGAAAUUAGGCCUGUUCACACUUAGUUACCGUCGGCUUAGGGGGGAUUUGAUUACUGCCUACAAAAUAACAAAUGACCAGAAUCACCCAAACAAAGGUGUUCUGCCAUUGAGUAGGUAUAGGCUUCCACGUGGAAAUCCCAGAAGGAUAGCUCACCAGAGGGCAAGGACCCGGGUGCGCUCCCACUUCUUUUCACUGCGGGUUUGUCGUCCCUGGAAUUCCUUACCGGCAGAUGUAGCUAUGGCACCGUCUUUGGACGCCUUUAAGCGAAGGCUGGACAACCAUGCAGCGAUACAAGGACUGCAUCCAAAUGGCCUAUCUCCUUAAAAUCGCAUUUACCAAUCAGGGUAGAUAAUUAAACUCGUCAUUUUACUUCUUUACAUUCUCUCCCGUCUUACUCUCCUGACAACUUAUUAAUAUUAUAAUUACUAUUAUUAUUAUUACUAUUACCGAUAUAUAUAUUAUUCUUCAAACUUCAUGAGCUGACUGUU